GUAACUCUUCAAGUUUACAUCUCCUGUCUCUGAAGAAUCACCAAUUGUCAAGACGCAACCAUGGCUGAUGCAGUGCCAACACUGUCGCAACUUGUUGUCACAAUCCGCUCAGCCGAUCUCAAAGACACCAACAACAGUUUCUUCAGUAAAGGUGAUCCCUAUGUGGAGAUGACUGUAGAUGGUCAGCCGCCUCGUAAGACAGAGGUGGUCAAGAAGACGUGGACUCCAUCCUGGGAUGAACACUUCACUGUAUUGGUGAAGCCGACCACAAAGCUAGAAUUUAAAGUAUUCAACCAUUUCUCGAUAAAGAGCGACGUUGCUCUAGGCGUGGCUAAACUAGAUCUUCUGCCUCUACUUCAGAAGAACAAUGGACAAUUUGAUAAACUCAAGCACAGCGUCGAUUUAAAAUCAGUCAAUAAAAGUAACUCGCAGAGAGGGGGUAAACUUCUUUUGGUGCUCGAUGGAUUGAAAUUCAGCGCCGAGACGAUGGCCAAGCUUGGAAGUCCGGUUCAGAAUGGAUUGCCAUCAAGUCAAACUAAUGGUGAUGCGCCACCGACAUCACAGCGUAGCAGCCAGGCCAACUCUUCUUCACAAAACGGCCCAACGAGCAGCAGCAACCCCAGGCGACACAGCAGCGCUCGCGCCGCCGCCAGUGACAUCGCAACCCAGGCUGCCAGCGUAGCUAUCGCCUCGUCAGCCAGCUCAGGUAACAUCACCGCACCAACAGUGAAUAACGCUUCCUCAACGAAUGGCCCUUCGACCGCAUCGGUCUCUACGGCGACGCCCGAAACCGGGGCAGGAAACGGCACACAGACGGCAGUGGCUCAGAGCGUGAGACGGAAACCGCCGCCUCCACCCCCAUCCAGGCCCUCUCAAAAUGGAAGACAACCCCCAGCUUCAGAGAGGAGUUUACCCGCACCACCAGCAGGUGGCCCAGCAGCGGCAAGCACAGCAGCAGUAACUACAACAGCAGCAGCAGCAGCUACAGCGGCAGCAGCAGGUUCCCGUGCUGCUCCUCCAGCAGUCAAUCCACCACCGGGCAAUCCACCACCAGCCAUUGGUGCCCCUCCAGUGACGGGGACAGGUACCGGGCCCCCACCGGGGGCACCGGCACCAUCACAUUCAGAUAUCAACAAUCAGCCACUACCUGGCGGAUGGGAAGUGCGGCUGGAUCAGCACAACCGGCCAUACUACGUUGAUCAUAACACUCAGACUACCACAUGGGAAAGGCCUCAACCUCUACCCCAAGGUUGGGAAAGAAGGAGAGAUCCCCAGGGUAGGAUUUACUACGUGGAUCAUAACACUCGCACCACGACGUGGCAGCGUCCGACCGUGGACUCCUUACGAACAUUCCAGCAGUGGCAACGACAACACAACCACCUACAGAACACCACUAUGCAACAACUGCAACAGAGGCUUUACCUCCCGUCUGCCAGCGGAGUAGAACCCAACGAUCCGCUCGGACCUUUGCCUGUAGGAUGGGAGAAGCGAACUGACCAGCUUAAACGAGUUUACUUUGUGAACCAUGACAACAAGACAACACAGUGGGAAGAUCCACGAACACAAGGUGCCAGUAUGCAGGAAGAUCCACUGCCCGACAACUGGGAGAUUCGAUACACCAAGGAAGGCGUGCGAUACUUUGUGGAUCAUAACAGCAAGACAACGACAUUCAACGACCCAAGACCCAACGCAGCCAAAGGACCGAAGGGCGCAUACGGCGUUCCCAUGGCGUACGAGCGAAGCUUUAGGUGGAAACUCGGCCAGUUCCGUUAUUUGUGUCAAAUCAACGCCUUACCAAGCCACGUCAAGAUCAAUGUGUCCAGGAGUACACUCUUUGAGGACUCGUUCCAUCAAAUAAUGAGGCAUCAAGCCUUUGAUCUUCGGAGGAGACUCUUCAUCAUCUUCAGGGGAGAGGAAGGAUUGGAUUAUGGAGGCGUAGCAAGAGAGUGGUUCUUUAUGUUAUCCCAUGAGGUUCUGAACCCCAUGUACUGCCUAUUUGAGUACGCCAACAAGAACAACUAUUCGUUGCAGAUCAACGCAGCGUCCUCGGUCAAUCCCGAUCAUCUCGCUUAUUUCCGUUUCGUUGGAAGAGUCAUCGCAAUGGCCCUGUAUCAUGGUAAAUUUAUCUACAGUGGCUUCACUAUGCCAUUCUACAAGCGAAUGCUGAGUAAACAGUUGACACUGAAGGAUCUCGAGAGCAUCGACCCUGAGUUCUAUAACUCACUGUGCUGGCUCAAAGACAAUCCGAUCAACGAUUGUGAUUUGGGAAUCACCUUCAACGCUGAUUUUGAAAUUCUUGGGAAGUUGGAAACGGUGGACCUAAAAGAGGACGGAAGCAACAUCACCGUGACGGACGAUAACAAAGAAGAAUACAUCAACUUGAUGACAGAGUGGCGUUUCACACGCGGUAUAGGGGAACAGACCAAGGCAUUUUUGGAUGGAUUCAACGAGGUGGUCCCUCUACAAUGGUUGCAGUAUUUUGACGAGAGAGAGCUCGAGUUGAUGCUGUGCGGGAUGCAAGAGUUUGAUGUAGAGGACUGGUUCCGCAGCACCAUCUACCGUCACUACACACGAGAGAGUAAACAGGUUCAGUGGUUCUGGCGCGCAGUGCGCGAGAUGGACAACGAGCAGAGAGCGCGACUGCUGCAGUUUGUGACGGGCACGUGCCGUUUACCUGUUGGAGGCUUCGCUGAGCUCAUGGGGAGCAACGGCCCACAGAAGUUCUGCAUUGAAAAAGUCGGCAAAGAGACAUGGCUACCCAGAAGCCACACAUGUUUCAACCGUUUAGACCUACCGCCGUACAAGAGCUACGAGCAACUUCUAGAAAAACUUCAGUUUGCCAUCAAGGAGACCGAGGGAUUCGGUCAAGAGUAAUUCAAGUCAGGCGUCGCCCUCGCUCAUUCUAGUUGGCCAUAGUCACUGCCAUUUUCCAGUCAUCAGGGUCGGGACGAUCGACCGGCGGUCAUUACCCAAAUAAGGUGAAAGGUCGUAGGUCAUUGGCCGACCGCAGUCAGAGUGCACUCUCUUUCAUUGUGUCACAAAUCUGUGAGGUGUUUCUUUUUGUCGUAAUAACAGGGAUUUUUCUUUAUGAAAAGCAAAUGCUUGACUUACCCUUCUUGCAAAGCUGGCCAACUCUCCCUGAUUCUGCAGAAAGUUCUCUGAAAAUCUGUCCAUUUUCUGAUGAACAAAACUUGAACAUUUCCUUGGUUGUGAAAACCUUUUUCCUGUAAGUUUGAAGAAGUUCUUAAAUAUCUCCUGAUGUUCAUAAUCUCCCUGAGUGCAAGAUACAAAUGCUGGCAGUACUUGGCUACUGACGGUGACGGUUUGCGCUCAGGCUUGUUAAAGAUUAUUUGAGUGAUCAGCAAAAUGUGUGUCAAAGAUCCAUGUAUUUUAACAUGAUCAUGUUUUUAGGCGGUCACCAUCAACUGCAUGCAGUUUGUAACAUCUCACCACAAGAUUAAAGGUGAAUGUAAGGGGAUCGGAUGCCCUACUAAGAUUUAGAGCCCCUUUUUGCCGGCUACCUUGCUUGAGCACUCGUUUAGACCUGGCUCGACCGCAUGCCUGAUUAAAUCAUAGCAUAUUAUUUGGAACAUAUAACCUUGAACAAUUCCAGGGGUUAU